AACCCAACCGUCUCCCUCAGACAGGAACAAGACCGCACAUUUUCACAGAGGAGAAAUAUAACCCUUGCUCUGUUGGAUUUGGGUUUUUCUUUUGUUUCCUUGCAACAACAUGAGUAAUUGGCUGGGUUUUUCCUUGACUCCACACCUGAGAAUUAAUGAGGGGUUUAGCAGGGAAGAACAAUCUGCAGGCUUCUCUGCUAUGCCGUUGCGCUCCGAUGGCUCUCUCUGUGUCGUCGACCCUUUCCGACGCCCCUCUAAUGAGGCCACUGGAGGUGAAGCUUGGAGGUAUGAGAAUGGUGGGACUAACGACGCUCCAAAGCUUGAAGAUUUUCUUGGAUGUUGUUACUCCAACUCUCCAAAUGAUCAAGAUCAUCACCAAAAUCAACCCAAUAUUGUUUGUUCCAGAAUCAACGUUAAUGUGCCGCCGAGCUUCAACUCCAAUGUAGAGAUGGAGCCAGGAGAGAAUUUCCCGAACCCUUCUUUGAUUAUCCAAUCGUAUGACUACGGUGAACCCCCACAAACCCUAAUCGCGGGCCCCGACCACAACCAGAACAUGUACUUGGGUUAUGAUCAGAGUGCAAGUUCGGUUUCUGGGUUCAGGUCCUGGUUGAGACAAACCCCCUUUUCCGGUGAGAAACCAGCUGAUGAACGUAAUGACGGUCGCUUCCAGUCGUUGUCUCUGACCAUGAGCCAGAGCUCACAAAAUGGGAUGGCGGUGGCUGCACCGUUGCAAGGAGAUGAUACUCGGAAACGGUCUGUGGGUAAGAGCCAAACUAAAGAUCCAGUUCCUCGGAAAUCCAUUGAUACUUUUGGGCAAAGAACUUCUCAAUAUCGUGGGGUCACAAGGCAUAGAUGGACUGGGAGAUAUGAAGCUCAUUUGUGGGAUAACAGCUGUAGAAAAGAGGGACAAACAAGGAAAGGAAGGCAAGGUUGGUGGAAAGAAUAUACUAAUCGAUUAUGUUUCAUUCACUUUGUUUUUUUUGGGUUUCUCACUGCUGCAAAAUUCUCUACAGUUUAUCUUGGUGGAUAUGAUAAAGAAGAGAAAGCUGCAAAAGCUUAUGACUUAGCUGCUUUGAAGUAUUGGGGUCCAACAACCCAUAUAAAUUUUCCCUUAAGUGCUUAUGAGAAGGAACUUGAGGAAAUGAAGAACAUGACAAGGCAGGAAUUUGUUGCCCAUUUGAGAAGGAAAAGCAGUGGGUUUUCAAGAGGAGCUUCAGUGUACAGAGGAGUGACAAGGCACCAUCAGCACGGAAGGUGGCAAGCCAGGAUUGGAAGAGUUGCUGGAAACAAGGACCUGUACCUUGGGACAUUUAGCACACAAGAGGAAGCGGCUGAAGCUUAUGAUAUUGCCGCGAUUAAGUUCAGGGGGACAAGUGCUGUGACCAAUUUUGAUAUUAGUAGGUAUGAUGUGAAGAGAAUUUGUUCAAGCUCAACCCUCAUUGCUGGAGACCUUGCCAAACGCUCCCCAAAGGAUUCCGUGCCAAUCGCUGUUGAGGACUAUAAUUCUGGUGCUUCAUCCACUUCUUCCCAACCGAUCCUGGCUAUAACAAAUGGUGAAGUGUCUGGUACUGAAUUGGCUGAUAUGGUAUGGAGUGCAAAUUCGGAUGAUCACCAACAUGUACAGCAUCAAAAUGUCAAUGCUGAGAAUGAUGCGUUCCUGGUUGGUUCCAGCAGUAGGAAUUCAUCCAGCCCUCAGAGUCCAAAAUGCUCGGUGGGAUUAGCUAGCGAACAGCAGUUUGGUAUUGGUGGAGACUACUCACAGCAGGGUUACUUUUCAUUGCAGGGUGCCAAGUAUGAAGAAGGCAGUAAUGGGAGCAAUAGCCGGCUAGGGAACUUGAAUUUGGUUCAUCAAGUGCCUGUGUUUGCACUCUGGAACGAGUAAGAAACGUUAAUUAGUCGUGGAUUUUGAGAAGGUUACGGCUUUGAUGACAUAAAGAAAAUUUUCAAUGUAGAAAUCUAGCUAUAUCCAGACUGAUAUAUGUUCCAUGGAACUAUGUAUUUAACAUAUUAAUCUUAGAUGUUUAUUAAAGUAGGUCAUUUACC